UAGCCGUGAUGAGAUCGCUGGCCGCAGUUUUGUGAACGCGGCCUCUUCGGCGAUGUGCUCGGGUGAUCUGCAAGGAAGGCCCUUCUAAGGGACAGUCAGAGCGCCAUGAAUAAUAAAAACGAUAACAAAUGGAGGCCCAUGGCCAUAUCCAACCCAUCUACGCGCUUGCGACUCGCCAAAAACAUGCCUCAGUGGGUCUACAAAACGGGGUCAGGGGCGCCACCCCCGCCAAUUCCAAUCGAGGAGAAGCCCCACUCGUCGUUUUCAAAAACCCAAGAACCCGAUUAUGAAGUUAUCGAAUUUGGCCAACAGUACUCAAAUGCGCCCCCAAUACCCAUCAAAACAGAGCCCAAAAGGGCCGAUGGAAGGCACUGCCAGCUCUGUGGUACCUCCAACCCUUCCAUCAAAUGCGACCACUGCAACCAGAUCUUCUGUAUUUCCUGCGAUGAUAUGUACCACCGACACCCCAAACGCCAGACCCACUUCCGACGCACCAUGGAGACUUCAAUCCGGCCCCCACUACCCCCAAAAGGAGAGAUGCAAUCCGCCCCCGUGCCGCCCCCUCGUCGCCACCGCCGCGCCGGGUCCAUCGGACCGUCCCCAUGUCCCAGCCCUACCCCCAUGAGACACAACCAGGGGGUUCCCACUUUGGCGCGGAAAGACACUUUUUCAUUCAAAGACAAGAUGAAUAGUCUCAAACGGAUGGUGGGGUCGAGGCCUCUACCUCCGACACCGAUUUCACCCUCGUCGCGUGUCUCAGCGAGCCCCCCGAGUUUCGAUAGGUACAAUCGCGGGUUCGAAGUACCAAGUCCCAGCCCCUCCCUGCAGCAGAGGUACCGCCAACAUCAGCUGGCAAUGAGGGGCACCACCCCUAAUCUAUCAAGUGCCGGAUCUGAUUUUGAUAAGCCCCCGAGCCGCGAUAGCGGGUACCCAGACUGGGACAAUGAAUGGGGUCGCUUCCGGUCGGGGAGCAUUUCCGGCUCGGAAACCGGUUCCCGGUUACGGAAAUUGAGCAAUACUUCGUGCCCCCCGCCCAGGAAUCUCCCUCACAGCGCGUCGGUGUUUGACUUGAAUAAUCCAAUGCACCACCACCACCAUCAUGGGUUUAUUCCCAUGCAACAAGCCCAAAGUAUGGCCCAGCUGAACUGUCCGGGGUGCUACCAAGGGGGCUGGUUGGAAUGUGGGUGUGACAGGACCGGCAGUAACUUGAGCCUGAACAUGGCGCCAGGGCCGUAUCCAGUCAAUCCCAUGUGGAUGGGCACUUGGCAUGGGCCUCCGCCGAGUACCAUGUAUCCAUAUCCCGUCCCAAUGGGCCACAUGCAUCACCACUCAAGACCACCAUCGCCCACCCACAGCAUCAAGUCCCGGAAGUCAUCCAUGAGUAAGAAGAGUCGGAGGAAGUACCGCGAAAGUGAAGACACCGAUGAUGAUUUAGAAGACCGAAGAUCGAUUUUCAGCCACAAUGAUCGAAGCGAGAGGAAGUCGCUGGGGUCAAGAUUCCCCGAAAGGCAGAAACUGCCACGUGAAACCGCCUCCAUGCCUCGGGAAAUUUCGAGAAAAAAUUCGGACCGAAUUGAACGAAUCUCGAACGUGCGAAGCAGACGUGGUUCGUCCAGUGAGAGCGACGACGAGCAAUCGGAGAGCCAGAAAGAGAGUGAAGUGCUUGACGAAUCAGAAGAACCAGAAAUAAAGCCAAUACUGGAAGUACCGACCUCGAAUUGGGAGUGUGAACACUGCACCUUCGUGAAUGACCCUGGCACUAAAGUUUGCCUAGUCUGUUGCAAAACGGCCACAAUUAACGUCAAACUCGUGAAAAGCGACGAGAAAACCGAGAAACCUGAGCCAAAAUUGCACACGACUCGAUCGAGUGACGACUGUAGCAAAGACUACAGCGAGACCGAAUCUCUUUUAAAUAAAUUGGGCAAACUAAAAACCUCCGAACCGAAAUCCCCCGACCCGAAGAAAGGAAAAGACGCAAGUGAAGCGGUGUCAUUGGAAAGUGUUAGUGCGGUUAAAGCGGUCGGUACUUCCCCCGAAAAUGACACUAGUGUUAAUAAAGUGACAACGGGCACAUCGCCUCCGCCCCAAAACAUGUCGACACAAACUUAUGAGGACGUUCCUCCAGCCGGGGAAAUCCCCAAGUCGCCACGAGGACGACCGACGAGUCGCAACAAACGAAGAGACUUGCGAAGGUCGAACUCGCUGCACAUGGGGACGAGACGGGGGUCCGAAUGGUCGCUGCACCGCAGCUCCAGUCGGCACUCCCUCACCACCGACUCGCAGAGUCUCCCCGGGAGUCGGGAACAAAGCCCAGCGCCGUAUGACUACAGUGAGGAAAGUAUGGACAGGUUGCGCAAACCGACAAUGUCUCGGUCAUAUUACAGCAUCAUGGACUUGCGAAAACCGGAACUUUACCGAAACGAACCGCCGUUUUACAGGAAUGAGUACCCCCCAAGUCACCGCAACCGCUCCGACUCGUUCGACCUCCCCGACUCGGGCUUCAACAGCUUCAAGUCGCAGGGAAUGGAGCUGGUGAAGCUCCUCCGCGAGGCUGAGCAGUACAAGUACACCGCUGACGAGGUCCAGGCGGCCCUGUGCCACUGCAAGGACAUGAAUCCGAUAGAUUGGCUGCGCCAAAACUGGGACGCGACUAUUGCGAGCGUCCAGACUUUGGCCACGCAGAUGGGGCGCGAGGGCCCCAUGAAUAUCGUCGGGACGGUGUCUGAGGAAGAGGCCAGGGCCGCUUUGAGACUCCACAAGGGGAAUUUGUGGCCAGCGGUGACCGAAUGUGUGGAGCAAAGGCAGAGAAAGUAUGCCGAACUUGCGUCACGUGGGGAGUUCAGUCGGGAGGAUAUUCUAACAGUGCUAACGGCACAUCACGGUGACUUGGAGGCGGCGUUUAACGAGCUGAGUAAGACUCAACUCAAGCCGUUUCUGAUGCGGAUUUGGGGACCGCCGGUUGGGACGGAGAAUGAGGCAGGUAAUGAGGGGGCGGUGUUGGAGAAAAUUGGGGGCGAAGUAGUGAGCGAUAAGGAACUGACAAAAGCGGUAAGUGAUAGUAGUGAUAAAGCGCCCCCUACAACCACCGACCAGGAGUUAAAAAAAACUCCAACUGAAGUUUUGGAAAAUAUCGAAUCGCAGAUUUUACAAAAUUUGCAAGACAUGAACAAUCUUAGUGACACUUUAGAUGAUGCGCCCCCUAAACCUAACAAAAUUUACGUGGAGAAAAGUAGUACCGUAAUACAAGUGUUUGAUCACGAUUAUGAAGUCCCGGAAGCCGAGCGAGACGAACAAAAACCAGAGUCGGAUUUUAGUGACACUGAAAGUAGCGAUGAAGGUAACAAAGUUGAGGAAUUUGUGGAUGCUGUGAGUGAUAUGCCAGAACCUCCUCGCCUCAAACGAAAAAGUGUCAGUACUUUAAAUAUCACUUUAGCCAAUAAGGAAGAACCGGGAACAAGUACCGGACUUCCAGUUGCCCAAAUGAUUCAAGCUGAGGAUACUCCGACUGUGAAUGAAGUAGUACUUGAAAGUACUGCAAAUAUUCAGUUACAGAGUGUCCCAAAAAACGAUCAAGUGGGGGCCUCAGUGAAUAAAAAAGAAACAGAGGCCUCCAUUGUGGUUCCAAAUGGCGAAACUAAAGCUCAAGUAGAAACAAAAAAUAAUUUACAAGAAGGUUCCCCGACUCCAGUGGCAACAAAAGAAAUUAAAGAUAAUGGGGAGCUCUCUCCAGAAACACCCUCUAGUCAAAAAGAAACAAAAACGGUGAAUGAAAACGUACAAAAAACAACAAAAGACGAUGUAAGUAUGGUUCUUGUAAGUCAAACAAAAGAGCUUCAAACUGAUGAUUUAAAAAAUCGUGAUUCAAGUCAAAAUGAUACCAAAGACAAUCAAACUAACACUUCAAAUCAGGAUCACACAAAAGAUAGUUUAGAUAAGGGUUCAAUAAAUUGUACCGAAACAAAAAACGAUUUAAAUGAGACUCCGGAAGGCAAUGUAGAAAAUAAAGAUCCGAAUGAGUUUUCCAAUAAGAAUAGUUCAAUAUAUGAAAAAACAAUUGAAAAUGGUAAUAUGCAAACUUCUAAAAAUAAAGAAGAGACGAAAACUGAUUUAAAAGAGGUUGCAAGAAGAAACGAAACAAAAGGAAAUCUAAAUGUUUCUAAAAACAAGGAUGUAAUAACAGAACAGAUAAUAAAUCAGAGCGGGGUAACAAAAGCCACAAAUGCUAAUGAAACAGUAGAACACGAAGUAAAUAAGAGUCAAACAAAUCAUAGUGAAACAAAAGAUAACGCGACGGAACAGAUAACCGUGGAAAACGAUGACGCAAACGCUCCUGAAGGUAAUGAGAAAACAAAAAACGAUCAAUUGGCGCCCCUUGAAAGCAAUAAUGAAACAAAAAACGAUCUGAAUAAAAGCGAAAACACUGUAGUAGCGCAAAAAACAAUUACGAGUGUUGAUGUAAAACUAUCUAAUGAGAAUGAAAAAACAAAACACGAAACAAAUGAAAAUGUUAAAACUUCCAAAGACAAUGAGAAAACACAAAACGGCCUAAAUUCAGAAAAACCUUCCACGAGCAAUGGACCAAGUACUACCGAAGCCAAAAAUCAUAAUGAGGUCGUAGAAAGUAAACCGCCGUUGACAAAAAAGCAGAAAAAGUCCAUGAAAAAAUCGAAACGUCGCGCCCAGAAACGAGCAGCUCGGAGAGGCUCGGCAACGAGUACUACGGAGUCAAGCAGUGGCGAAAAACAGUCAAUAGAGACAGACAACGAGGUGCCCGAACCCGUCGUCAAAGAUUAUGAACCAAAAAUUGAAAAUUCUUCCUCUGAUAACGCUGAAAAACCCUCGACCUCGACCGAAACCCAGCCAAAAAUUUCAACCACAAUUCAAAUACCCCAAAAUAAACAAUCUCUGCUUCCCGUUCCCCCGAAAAGACCAUCAAAAAUCCCGAUUUCGCGUCAGAGAUCAGUUUCCAAAAGCGAACCGAAAUCACCCGACGUGCAAAGUAAAAUCCCGGUUAAAACCGGGAGUCAUAUUCCGGUUAGGUGUUUGAUUGAGAAAGCGAAAAGUGAUACGGAAUCGGAGAAACGUCCAGUUAUGCAAAAACGGAAGUCGGACGAAAUCGCACAAGAGAUGCAACAAAGUGUUCAAACUGUCAAAGAGAUGAACCGACAAUUAAAUACUGUGAACAGGGGGAGUCUGAGUUCGUUUCGGAACAGUUCCGUUGAGUCUACGACAAGUUCGAAGCAGCUGUCUUACACAAAAUCACUAGAUAAUGAUAGCGAUUCUUCUGUUUCUGACAGUAACGUUGAAGAAUUGCUCGACCCGAGCACUGACGAAGACAGUUACGAGGAUUUUGAAGAGUAUGAUGGGAUUGAAGAGUCCGACACUGAGGACUAUAACGAGUUUGAUAAAAAGAAAGCGAAGAUUGCCAAUGAGCUUGAUAUUAAUUUGGCACAAAUUAGUGCAAGGGUUGAGGAAUUGACCACGAGUUUGGGUCGCAAAAAUGAGUUUGAUGAGACGUGUGAGUCCGAGGAGGAGUAUGUUUCUGAAGAAAGUGAGGAGGAAGAUGAAGAAGAGGAAGAGGAUGAUGAUGACGAUGAGGAUAAUCAAAUUGAUCUUAAUAUUGAAGUAAAGCAACCGAGUGAAAUCGAGCUGAUGGAGAGGCAGGCGAGGCGCUUCCUGGCCGAGGGCCAAGUCGAGAGCUACCAACAAGCCGAGCUUGCCGUUAGCUUAAUGACUCUUAAAUUUUCCGCUGAGGAAGCUCUCGAAGCUGCUAAAGACUGCCACACCCUAGACGCCGCUAUCGCAUAUUUGCAACAAGACUGCGAACUGUGCGCUGGAAAAUAUCCCAUGAAUCAGAUCAUAUCUAUGCUAAAAUGUACGCACCGCUGCUGUCAAGAAUGCGCUAAAAAUUAUUUUACCGUGCAAGUGACUGACAGGACGAUAAUGGACUGCACGUGCCCUUUCUGCAAACAACCGGAGUUGACAAGCAGCGAAAUAUCCGAAGACGAAGUCUCGGAUUAUUUUGCCAAUUUGGAUAUUCUCCUUAAAGGCAUUCUAGACGCAACCGUCCAUGAGCUUUUCCAGAGGAAAUUGCGCGACCGGACUUUAAUGCAAGACCCUAAUUUCAAGUGGUGCGUUAAGUGUUCGAGCGGAUUUAUCGCCAAUCCUCGCCAGAGACGCCUCGUUUGUCCCGACUGCAAAAGCGUCACGUGUGCAAACUGUCGCCGGCCGUGGGAGAAACAACACGAGGGCAUCUCUUGCGAGAAAUUCGCAGAAUGGAAAGACGCCAACGACCCGGAGAACCAGGCCUCCGCGGUUGCGAAACACUUAGCCGAAAACGGCAUAGACUGCCCCAAAUGUAAAUUUCGAUAUUCACUGGCCCGAGGGGGCUGCAUGCAUUUUACUUGCACUCAGUGCAAACACGAGUUUUGCUACGGCUGUGGCAAGCCUUUUAUGAUGGGGGCCAAGUGUGGGGUGAGCCAGUACUGCGGGAAAUUGGGGCUCCAUGCGCACCACCCCCGCAACUGUCUGUUCUAUUUGCGCGAUAAGGAACCAACAGAGCUGCAAAAGUUGCUCAAAGAGCACAAAAUCCCCUUCGAUACCGACAUCCCGGCCGAUAAAGAGGAAAACGCCGCAGCCGCAGCUAAGUGUUUCGUGCCGCUGCAGCGGGAAACCCCCAACGGGCUCAUCGACACGGUGUGCAACAACGAGGUUUCCCCCGGCCAGGCCGGUCUUUGCAGGCUGCAUUACAUCGAGUAUUUAGUUGGGCUCAUUGGCAGACACAAACUGGACCCAAUCACGAUCCUGGACCUGGUGGAAGUCAGUCAGGAGUUGAAGAGACGCGGCAAAGACUUGCCGGAAAGAACGGCUAGUUGUAACGACCAGGAGUACAGAAUUUUGUGUGUCAAGAUUGUGAAGGAGCAGAUUCCACUGGAUUGAGCGAAAUUAACCCCACGUAAAAAUUUCCAAUGACAUAAUAUGCAGUGUUAUUGUUUUCAAUGUUAUUUUAUAAAUAAAGUAGAUUUCUAUGAA